AUGGAGCGCCGGAGGCUCCGCCCGCAGGAACAGCCCGUCCAUGUGCGGAGGGCGGGCCCGCCGCCGCAGCCGCCGCACGCCGGGAUGGAGACAUCCGCGACGCUCAGCCACGGGGCUUAUCAGUACAACAUUUUCGGCAACAUUUUCGAGUCACACGUCCCAAAUAGCAUAAUGCCGGGCCAAAUCAUGCAAUCCGGAAAGGGCGCGUCACGGAUCGUAUGCUCGUCGUUGAAUUCGGAGACUGGAGAGCAAGUGGCGAUCAAGAAGAUCGCGAAUGCUUUCGAUAAUAAGAUCGACGCGAAGAGGACUUUGAGGGAGAUCAAGCUUCUGAGGCACAUGGAUCAUGAAAAUAUUGUGGCAAUCAGAGAUAUAGUACCUCCCCCUGUGAGAGAAUCAUUCAAUGAUGUCUACAUCGCUUAUGAGUUAAUGGACACCGAUCUGCAUCAAAUCAUUCGCUCCAAUCAACCUUUAUCCGAAGAACAUUGUCAGUAUUUUCUGUAUCAGAUCCUCCGUGGCUUGAAAUAUAUACAUUCAGCAAAUGUCCUUCACAGAGAUUUAAAGCCUAGCAACCUUCUCUUAAAUGCAAACUGUGAUCUGAAAAUCUGUGACUUUGGGCUUGCUCGUACUACUGCUGAAACGGAUUUCAUGACAGAAUAUGUUGUUACCAGAUGGUACCGAGCACCAGAACUAUUGUUGAAUUCUUCAGAAUACACUGCAGCAAUUGAUGUUUGGUCAGUUGGAUGCAUAUUUAUGGAACUGAUGGACCGGAAGCCUUUGUUUCCUGGGAGAGACCAUGUUCACCAGCUACGUUUACUCAUGGAGCUUAUUGGCACCCCAGACGAGGCUGACUUGGGAUAUGUGAAUGAAAAUGCUAGAAGAUAUAUCCGCCAACUUCCUCGUCAUCCACGUCAAUCAUUUCAUGAAAAGUUUCCCCAUGUUCACCCAGCAGCUAUUGAUCUUGUUGAAAGGAUGUUGACUUUUGAUCCUAGACAGAGAAUUACUGUUGAAGAAGCCCUUGCACAUCCCUAUCUCGCCUCUUUGCAUGAUAUCAGUGAUGAGCCAGUUUGCACAAUGCCCUUCAGCUUCGACUUCGAGCAGCAUGCUUUAUCGGAGGAGCAGAUGAAGGAGCUCAUUUAUCGGGAGGCCCUUGCUUUCAACCCAGAGUACCGGCAAUAAGAAACUGUAUGUGCUAUUUAUCGACUUAUUCACCUUUAAUUUGCAAUAGUUUUGUGUAUUUUGCCCUUGAUGUAAAUAUGUGCAUCUAUGUGCCCAUUUGCCUUGCGCUUAUUCAGGGGUCCUUGGAUGGGUUGUCCUUUUGUAUCGUUUCCUGAUGUUUAUUUGGACCUACAGUGUAAGUUUGGGUUUGUUGAAAGAAUGACAUCAUCAUCAGUUGUAUGUGAGUGCCCAAAUGUUUGAUUCAAAUGAUCUGCGCACGAAAUUUUCAUUUCA